GCAAGAAAAAUGAAAAUUUUAGUAUGUCAAUCAAGAAAUAUAGUUAAAAAUAUUAAAAAAGAGAUCGAAAGAAAAAAACAAAUAUUAGUAAAUAAUUCAAAUGAACCAAAAGAAUUAAUUGUAGAAGUAAUCAAAGAAAUUAUUGAUGAUAACAUAAACAAAUAG